AUGAGUGCAACUCGACGCCCACAUUGGGCCCUCUCUUGUCCAAGGGAAGAGCUUUUUUGCCAUGUGACUUCCUUCGUUCUUGAACUAGUCCCCCAACACAACUUCUCCCUCGACAUGGUAUCAUGGAUCCGCGUCUGUAGUUCGAUCGCUUUGUUUCUUCUCUCGCUGUCCUCGUUCCCUUCUACAGGCACCGCAGAACCGUACAAGUAUCUUUCGUACGGUCAGAUCUAUUGGAGGCUUACCGAACUUGCGGCUAAGUACCCCAAGCUCUUGCGGUUGUACUCUGCUCAACAGACUUUCCUACUUCCUCAUGUGGGUAACUGCACCCAAUUGGAGUCUGCAACUGAUGAGGUGGGGACAAAUGCUCCGUGCACAAUAUGGGUGGUCGAGCUCUCCAACUUAGAGACGCUGCCCUCAGAACCAGAACGCCCGGAAAUGAUGGUCAGUGGCACUCUUCACGGGAACGAAGUAAUUGGGCCUCACGCCGUGCUUGCGUUUCUAGAGCACAUGGUUUCUAACUAUGAAUCAGAUCCCCACAUAAAACGCAUGGUUGACACACGUCUCGUGGUUGCGACCCCAAUGACGAACGCCAUCGGCUUUUCGCUGGAGCGAAGAUCAGAAAUUCACAGUAUGGAGAAUGGCACCGAGACUUCCGUUGAUCCUAAUCGAGAUUUCGGAUUUGACCAAGAUCCCACUAAAUGCAUGCGCACUGUGGCUGCUCGGACUUUGAACGAACUCUUCAGAACGCAUUUAUUUCGGGUCCUUAUCACCUUCCAUGGUGGCACCAACGUCAUCGGGUAUGAAUGGGGCGAUACGCAGCAUUGCACGGGUCCAAUGUGCAAGCCAGCGCCGGACACAGCAAUCAUGCGUGCACUCGGUGAGCGAAUGUCGAAUGUAGCGGGGCCUGCUGGCCGGUAUGAGGCGGCCUAUCCAGUUGGAGACAUGGGGAGAUUGGUGUAUCCCGUGAAGGGAGGACUUGAGGAUUGGGCGUACGGUGCGAGUUGGUCAGGUCAGGGCGUCGAGUGUCGCCCCGAUACUCUCGGGGGAUAUCCCAAGGAGAAGGUCAAACUUGACAGACGCACACAACGUUGUGUCACGUAUCUUGUGGAGACUGCACGGGAGAAAAAGCCCAGCGAGCAUAUGUUGGGCUCUUCAGAAGCCAUCUUGCAGAGGGGAAGUGAUGGUGACGGCCACGUUCCGCGUAAUGUUCGACUUCUUCUAAGCACCGUUGAUGCUUUAGAGCCGUACAUCUUACUUGAUGCCAAAGCGUCGACCAAUGAACACAACAAACCGAUAGUGUCCUGGAUGGUAGGGGGAGCGUUUGCUGUGGACGCAUGCGCCGUCCAGUGGAGGACGGAAAGUGGAGAACAGCAUGACAUCAGUGAUGUGCAGAAUGGGACUAUGCUGUCAUCGUCUCCAGUGCAGUACUCGCUGAAGUUUAGUCACGCCCUAAUGGGACCUUUUCCGUCUAAGUCAACCCACGUGUUUGUCAGAGUUGCAGCAGUUCUUGAUCAUCAAUAUGCGCUACAACCGAAUGAUAGCGACCCCAAUGUAACGCCACAAGGACACUUAAUGGGGUCUCGUGCUAGCCCGCAAUGGUCUUUUAGCACAGCAGAUCACAAGAUUGAAGGGCGACAAGUCUUUUUUUCGAAAACAAUGAGAUUAGAAAUGUCUGGGUCACACACUUUUGCAAUGACAGAUGCCGAUGAUGUCGAAUGGUCAGGGGAGAACGCAGGAGCUUAUUCUAUGUCAGAUGAUGAGCUAUUUAAGCAUUUAUAUACGGGAGAGGGUCCCGCUGUCCUUGAUGCGAACGGAGGACUUAGUGUCCCCUUGACGAUAUUGACAGCUGCCUUAGGCAUACUUGUGAUCAUCGCCAUGGCCGUGGGAAUAUUCAUUUUUGCAGGAGAAGUGGUUGCUGCAUCCGCCUUACGAGUGCAACCUCUGGGGUACUGA